AUGAAGACAUUAGUGAUGACCAUCAUGAUAAUUUUGUUUUUAACCGUUACUAUAUUAGCUGCACCAUAUUGGACUAAUGAAGUGCAAGGUAGAAGACUAAAGUACACCACUCAAGAAGAAACUCCCGGUAUUAAUUAUAAAUAUCUACUUAUAAAAAACGAAACAGAGAAGAAGUGGUGGUGGAUGAGAGAUCCUCCAUCAUCAUGGACUGUACGAGAGACGAUAUAUCCAUGAUGAAUGUACGUUCUUAAUGCACUGAUGAAGACAAAUAGU